AUGGAAACACAAAGGAUGAAGCUUAUCAACAUUAAGUCAGACUCGCUUCCACUUGAUCUCAUAAUAGAGAUACUCAAAAGAUUGACGGUUAAAACCCUAAUCCGGUUCCUCUCUGUAUCCAAGCUAUGGGCUUCCACCAUCCGCAGUCGAGAUUUCAUGAAGUUAUUCCUGAACGUGUCUUUGACUCGACAAAAAGGUCUCCUCUUCUUGUUGAGACAUGGAUACUGCGGAUUGGUUCCUUCCCCAAAAACGCAUGAAUCAUCUUCUUUCACAGCUUUCCGUGCGAGUUGCCACUCUCCAGAAUGGUCCACCGUUUCUCCUUCUGUCCACGGUUUGAUUUGUUAUGCACAAGCCACUAGACUUGUGAUAUAUAACCCUUGCACUAGGCGAUCCAUUACCUUGCCCGAGAUCGAUACAUGGAGGAGACCUAUACGCUACUACUUGGGGUAUGAUCCCUUGGAGAAUGGUUAUAAAGUGUUGUGCGCCAUGUUAGGAGGUACGCAUGAUUCAGUUAAGGAGUUUCGGGUUUUGACAGUGGGAACCGAGAACUCUUGGAAGAGGAUUACUGGAAACAAUAUUAUUCCUCACGCUCCUUUCGGACACGCGCUGUGUAUAAGUGGUGUUUUGUUUUAUCAAGCUUUUACUGGCACAAAGAUGAAUGAUUUAGCUAUGUUCAAAGGUGAUAAGCGAAAGCUAGCUGUCGUCUUCUAUGAAAAUAACUUUAGAUUGUGUGUUCUUGAAGAUGCUGCUAAGGAGGAAUGGUCGACGAAGACUUUUGUUUUGUCUAAAAUAGUCCCGGCUAUUAAGUGGUAUAUAUCCAAGUCUUGGGUCACUGAGACUGACACGGGUGAGGCUAUAACUGUACCACAAUUUCUUCAUGCAUCAGUAUUUAACGACCUUGUAUAUUUUGAUAUGAAGUAA